CGUGACUUGGUGUCCUGCAACAGCUGGGGGUUGGACUGGAUGGCCUUCAUGGCCCCUUCCAACUCUACGAUUCUACAGUACAUUAAAAGCAGGCAGUCGACUUAGAGGUUUGUGAGCACAGCAAAACAAUGGCAGAUCCACGUUUUCAUUCUGUUUGUUUAACCCCAUUUCUUUCCCUUGGGUCCAAGGCUGCUGUCAGAGUGUGAGUGAUGGUGCAAGUAGGUCAGAUUUUCCACGCCUGUCUGUUGUUUCAGGGAAGACAAGCUCUUGAACUUUCCAUGCAAGUGUAUAAAAUCAGCCUUACACAGCCCAUGAUAUUCAUUUCUACCCCUGCGUGUUGUUUCAAUUUCUUCUGCCCAGGUUGAGCUGCCAGGUACAUGAAAGGGAACAUGUUCUGGAAACUUCAGUGAUUCAAGUCUCAUUUGUAAGUAAUAAAUGUUUUUAUAUUAAUAAGUACAUAGAAGCAUUAUACUGUGUAUGUGAAAAAUUUUCUUUUCCUCACUGAAUUUUUAUUUAAAUGCAUAGUGCUAACUGGCAUUUUUCUGAUUAUGUAUGUAUGUAUUUAUUUCUUUAACUUGGAGGAUAUUGCUGAAUCUAUUCCCUGCAGAACGGAACCCCUGGUGGAUUUUUUUUUUUGCCUGGGUGACCCCUAAAUCAGCCUCUGAGGGGCUGGAGUUACUGAUGGAGCAGGUUUAGGGUCAUGGGUAUCAAGGAAACACGUCUUAGUGGUUUUGCAGUGGAAACAAGGGAGUUGUGCAGGUAGAAUUUCACCUGCAUAAUACUGGAUGUAGCUCUUUCUGACCUUUCCUGUACUAAAAUCAAACAUUUCUUGCAAUGUUCGUCUUAUUUUGCAUCUUUAUUACUUCUGACAGAAUAGUUUUCUGCAGAUGAUAAGGCUCCAUGUGCUGCCUCGGGAGGGGAACCUCCUACUCUUUCCCAGCCUCGUACCCACCACAUGCUUUGACCUACAACUCUUGCAUUCCUGAGCACAGGACAUGCUAUCUGAGGCUGAUGGGAACUGGAGUCCAAACAGGUGGAGGGUGCACAAUUGAGCAAACGUUGUAUAUAUACAAAUUCCUAUGCAUGGAAGUAUCUCAAGCAAUUUGGAUAACUACAGCAAUGGGACUUAUGGGAAUGUCUUGCCCUGAAACUGGUACACAGUCUGCCCAUCUCUGCCUCCUUCCAAAAUGAACACUUCCCCAAAACUGGUCUCGGUGUGAGGCCAGGGAAGUGCCUUAAUGGGCACUUCUGGCCCUUAGUGAUGGUGGUGGAUGCUUGUUAGAACAUCUCUGUCGGAGGUCGCUGAUCCGGCCCCUGGUUGCUUGUUGUGGGCACAGGCUGCUAACAAGAUGAAACUGCCAGGUCAUAACAUUCCUUAAGACACGUUGGAAACUUCUUGGGCUGAGUUUGCAAGCCGCUCCAUAGGAAGUUUGGAAUGCUUGGAUAAAUAAGAGUUGAUUUACCUGCCCGGAGAGCCUUUUUGGCUCAUAGGGUGGGAUAUAAAUCCAAUAAAUAAAUUUAUUCUUGAUCUGUUUUCCAGUGAAAGCUUGUUCAGUGGCAUUUUAGGAUACCUAUGAAAAAGUAGCACAUGACCCUUUCACUCCCAUCCCCAGCCCACUUGUGCAGCUGAAGUGCCCGGCAUGCCCCAGGAAAACAAAUAGUUUGUUUUUCACAUUCACACAUUAUAUUCUUAAGCUAAAUUUGGGGAGAGCAAAGUUGCUUGCAAAGUGGUCUUUCUGGGUGGACAGAUAAUGCGACCUUCAGUUGUGUAACGUUCUGAAAUUCCAUAAAGAACUAUUGGGAACUGAGGAAAUUCACGAGUCAUUCACUGAUUUCAGGAGGAUUGAGUUGGGACAAAUGCUUGGUAGAUUGCGUGACAGAGUAGACCUUGUUCUUGAUCGAAUGCUCUCCAUUACAUCUUCAUAUGCAUAGAACUCCAGGGAGGCUCGUCCUCAUUUUCUUGUGAAGGGACUGGCCCAGUGGCCACGUCUGGUGCAGCUGUCUGCACUGAAAUAUGGAAUUCCAUGUGUGCAGUGGGAUUCCAGUGUUUGUAAGGGGAUGCUGUGACCAGAUGUUGCUUAGGAGAGGAACUUCGCCUGCUUACCCAGUUAACAUCUGGCCAGCAUGAAAAAGAGGGCUUCAGCCAGACUCGGAUUCUCAGAGACCAGCCACAUCAUCAGCUUGCACUAGUGGAUAUUAGAAAACCUGCCUUGCCUCCUGACAGCAUUCAUAGAAACACAGAAACAGAGUGAGUCAGAAGGGACCUCCCAGGCCAUCUAGUCUGACCCCCGGCUCCAGCCAGCUCCGCUCAUGACAUGCCUUGCUUAGUGUUUUAUUGGAAAUGGCAUUUAAACACAUACUUGGUUUUUGGAGUCUGCACAUUCUUUCUGUUAAAUUCUGUGUUCCAUCUCUGUGUGUUCCUUUUAAUGCAGAUUCUAGCCACGGAGUUCAUCUUGGAAAAUGGUUUUCCAGAAGUCACCUGAUGGUGGAUGGGGCUGGAUGAUUGUGGUGGUAUCUUUCUUUACCCAGUUCUUGUGCUAUGGAUCUCCAUUAGCUGUUGGAGUGCUUUACCUAGAGUGGCUGGAUAUGUUUGGAGAAGGAAAAGGAAAGACUGCAUGGGUCGGAUCCCUUGCAAGUGGGGUUGGACUACUUGCAAGUCCUAUUUGCAGUACCUGCGUGUCCACUUUCGGAGCACGACCUGUAACAAUUUUCAGUGCCUUUAUGGUUGCAGGGGGCCUGAUGAUGAGCAGUGUCGCCCCCAAUAUCUACUUCCUGUUCUGUUCCUAUGGAAUUAUUGUUGGACUUGGGUGUGGCUUACUGUAUACAGCGACAGUCACCAUCACCUGCCAGUAUUUUGACAAACGCAGAGGCCUUGCGCUCGGUCUCAUUUCCACAGGAUCAAGUGUAGGACUUUUUAUAUAUGCGGCUUUGCAAAGAGAGCUCAUUGAACUGUACGGCUUGGAUGGAUGCUUGCUCAUUGUUGGUGCCCUGUCUCUAAACAUAUUAGCCUGUGGGUGUCUAAUGCGGCCUUUGCAGUCACACAGCACUGCCUUACCAGAAAAGCCAAGUCUGGAGAAGGGCCCGGAUGAAUACCUCAUUUACAAUGAAAGAGAAAAGCAUGUUUACGAAGAAAAUAUAAACAUACUUGAAAAGGCUGGCAGCGAAGAAAAAGGAGGUUUUACAGCGACCUGUGGCGAGUGCAAAAAGGAGUCCCUCGCAACGGCCAACAGACUAUUAUCAAUAACACCAAGAGAAGCAGACACUUACAAAAAGAAAGUAGCGGAGCGCACCUAUUUCUGUAAACAGCUCGCCAAGAGGAAAUGGCACCUGUAUUUGGACUACUGGGAGGAAACUGUGGAUCUCUUUAAAAACAGAGUAUUUUCGUCGCUUUUUAUCGCCAUUUUCUUCUUCGACAUUGGCGGUUUUCCUCCUUCCCUGCUCAUGGAAGAUAUAGCGAGAAGUUCGAACAUCAGUGAAGAAGACUGCAUCAUUCCCCUCAUUUCUAUAAUAGGUAUUAUGACUGCCAUUGGCAAACUUGUUCUAGGAAUACUGGCCGAUUUUGAUUGGAUCAAUACUUUAUAUCUGUAUGUCUUGACUUUAAUCAUGACUGCUGGAGCACUGGUUUUAAUUCCAUUUGCCCAAAGUUACAUCACACUGGCAAUACUUUCAGGGGUUUUAGGCUUCCUGACAGGCAAUUGGUCCAUUUUCCCUUAUGUCACAACAAAGACUGUGGGAAUUGAGAAAUUAACCCAUGCAUAUGGCAUCUUGAUGUUUUUUGCUGGACUUGGAAACAGUCUUGGACCACCAAUUGUAGGCUGGUUUUAUGACUGGACAAAAUCUUACGACGCGGCAUUUUACUUCAGUGGACUCUGCGUUCUCUUCGGAGGGGUGCUCCUGUUGGCAGCCGCCUUGCCGUGCUGGAACAGCCUGGGCAGGAGUCACCCACCCGAAAAGCCUCUUCCAAAUAUCUACCCCUACAAGGUUGCUUCUGGCGUGUAAGUGACCAUGAGGAACUGGCUUCUCUUUUUCGUACUGCACAGCAAGGUAUUUCUCAGAACCCUUUCUACAUGCUUAUUUAUGAAUUAAAAUAGAACUUCCCGUGUGACUUCGAAAAGCUUGUAGCUUUGCUCCAGAACGCUAUCAGCUUCAAGAGGCCCCUUGCCUGCCCGUUGCCAGCAAGCAAAAAGCUCCUCUCAUGGCCGGGGCACCAUUGCUGGAUUGUGGUGAAUCUCGCCAUCCUAUCUGUGUGCAGAGGUGCAAGGUACCUUGGCUUCCCCAUUGGCUUCAGUGCCAAAGAGCGGCAAUACCCACGAGGAACAGUGAAGUCAGUGCAGCGCUCUUUGGAUGCAGAACUUGUGUGUGCCUGGGCGAAGUCACGCUUUCCUUUUUCUCACUCAUGGGGGACUGUACGCAGUUUCAUCAGCUAAAUAUUUUUGUAAUGGAACAACAUGUGUUUUAUACAAACUGUGAUGCAGUUUGCUUUUUGUUUAUCCAUGACAAGGCACUGGUUUCUUCUCUCUUCGGAAAUCCCGAAGGCUGUAGAUUAAGAGACGCUGAAGACGAUGGAUGACGGGGUGUGGAAGAGCGAUGAGACCAGGGCAAGGGAUGGGGGUGCGUGGCUUGCUGAUAAGUUUGAUAGUUUCUGUUGUAGCAUCUCACUGGUCACCACAAGGAUUUUGGUCACAUUGUCUGUGAAGUAGUUGGCAUAGUAAGAAUUAAGCUUGCGCAAGAGAUGCUGAAAACCUUUUGUCACUCUUUCAGCAGGCUGUUGUUUGUUUGUUUUUAAACGCACAUAUCAAAACCAAAAUCUAGAGAACCAGUUUUGAAGCAAAACCUCUUCAUCCUAAAAUGGUUUCAUUCUUUGUCAACAUCACAACUGAGUGAAACCUUUAAAGAAGACCGUGCCAUUCUAAGUGCUUCAAAUAGUUACAUUAAAAAUAACUGCUCUUAUGUAGACCCUGUUAAAUUUUAAAUUAAUUUCAUGCUUAAAGGUUCAGAUACUCUAAGGCUGCUGUCUGCAAGCAAUGAAGCAAGAAUUAUUCAUGGGGCUUUGCGCAAAAACUCUGCUAAAAGGCAUUUGUUGAAUGUAGCUAAAGCAUUUAAAGGAAAUGCAUACAACAUUGAAAAAAUUGCUGUAGAAAUAAUAUUUACGUGAAGGUAUUUGAAAGACAACGUGGAUGCAACUCCUAGCAUUUUUUUUUAAAGAUGCUUUUUUCUGGUCUUCAGGCAUAUAUGGAGGGGGUUUAAACCUUGUUGCUUAUUAGAAGAAAUCAGUGUAGUCUGUGAACGUUCCGGGUUUAUGCUGCAGGUGGAAAGGAGGGGUGGGACAGAAGACUUCCCACAGUCAGUUCAGUGAGGCGAUUGCAGAGAAGGUCCUGGUGCUUGGUCAUCACCGUGUGGUUAGAAGGAGAAGUGAAUAAAAGAACCGUUUCUUUUCCUGCUUUUGGCACUGCAGGAUACAACGACCUCCGGAAUGCACUUUUACAGUUUUCACAAGCUCUACUCUUACUGCUAUAGUUGUCUAUUUUAACUCAAGAUUCAUCCCUAUUUUCGUUAGGCCAAUAUUUCCCAUUUGUGUUAAACGUGAACCGAGACUCCAUCAUCAUCAUCACCAUCAUCAUCGUCAUCCAUAACAUUUCUAUACUGCCCGUAGCCAAAUCUCCCUGGGUGGUUCACAAUAUUAAGUUACGCAUCCGAUUCCAGCCAGCCCCAAACCUGCUUAGCUUCCAAGAUGAGGCAGGAUCAGGUGCUUCAGGCUACAUGGAAGCUCUGACCAGUUGUCCCCUCCUGCCCACACGCUCACUGCUUUCCCCCUUCAGCAUCCGCUCAUCUGGGCAUUUGUGCCACUCAACAACACUUUGCAACAGGGCACCCAAAAAGGUCAGAGGUAGCGUGGAAGAAUUCUCUGUUUGCGCGCUCUGUCUUCCGACCAAGGUCCCAACACCAAAUCUGGGACCUGCAGAGUUUUUGUUUUCAGUUCCAGUUACGGAAAACUUCCAGUAAACCUUGAGAGGAAGGACACUGAACAACCAUUACCUUCAGGGUUUGGCAUUUGAGAGCCUCUUCAAUGCAGAAAAAAAUUCAGAUGCUCCAAAACUUCAGUGUAAGGCAGAGGGAAGCCCUGGCCAAAUUUAAUCCAGGGCCAGGAGACCCCACCCAAGUUUUGAUUUUUCUUCUUUGAAUGCAGCAAUUCAUAGACUGUUUUGGAUAGUCUCUGUUUGCCAUUGAGUGUGAAGUGUUUGGCCAACACAAGCCUAGUGCUUGUGUUGCGCAUUGCGCAGAUCUUUGUAUCCCAGGCAUUUGUGUGUGUUGACAAGUUCACUUGUAAAGACAAUAAAUGUUCUCAAAAGUUGCAUGUCAGAGAGCCAAUGCUGGGUGCCAACUUUUUAUGGUGAUGCUGCAGUCUUUGGGACAGCUAAUCCAAAUGUCCAUUCCGCAUGCAAGAGGGCCUGUCUUUACCAAAGGAGCCAUUUCAGAACCCAGUGAUUGGGCUCAACCCUAUAUAUUUUGCAUUCUCUGCUCCUCCUUGAAAACAAGUGUGAGGGUUUCCACCUAAAUGUAGAAUUGUCCUGAAUAUGACCACUAAAUUCCAUUCCAAGAAGUCAGAUAGACAAUACAGCUUUCCUCAACCUAUACCCUCUACAUGUAUUCAGGUAUAACUAACAUCAUUCUUGGCCAUUGGUGAUGCUAGCCAAGGCUGAUGGGAAUCUUAGCCAAAAACAUCUGGAAAAUACCAUGCUAGGGAAGGCUAGUGUAAUAAACAAGGCUAUACUGUCCAGUUAUAGGAAAGGUUUCACUGACCUCACUCAAAAUAGCGUCUACUGAUGUUCUGAUCAGAGUCAGCCCUGUUACAUUCUGAUUGUAGAUUUAUACCAGAAUAAGUCACAAGGAAUCCAGUGGGAUUGCAGCUUUAAGCUUAUCUGUGCUGUAGGAAUUAUUUCUGUGCAUAUUUUUGAUGUGGCAACAGAAGUAAGCAACCCAGUACAGAACAUGGUUUAAAACAGUUCUAUUUCUGUAAGUGCAUCCAAAAGAUUUUUUUUUAAAUGCAAAAUUUAGAUAAUGCUGGAACAUUUUGUCCUGAUAAAAAUAAACAGAUUUUUAAAUGCAUAACCUUCCAAUUACUAGCUAGUAAUUGUAUGACUGUUAAAUUCAGUGUGAACUGAACUCUGGCAUCAACUCAUACUUGAUAUUCAUGUUGUACUUCAGGUAACCAGUGUGAUGUUUUUAUAUUAAUUCCCCAAUUUAUUACCUUAUUCGUGUCUAUUGACAGACUUACCAAAAUAACGUCCUAUCUUAGAGAGAGUCAAUAUGACAGUUUCGGAUGUUUACAUAGCCAAACUUUUAAAUGAAAUUAUUUUCUUGGGCUCUUGGGCUGUGUGAUAGACAGAAGUAACAAGCUGAAUAUUCCUUUUUGGAUUACUUAAGUGGAACCUGGAAUGAAAAUCAGGACUAGAUGAGGAAUUUGGACCACCACAAUCUUUCCAUGGCAAAAAUAUGGUCUUUCUGUUGUCCUCUGAUGCAUAUCACAGAAAACUGUUAUAUCUUGUGAAUUUGUACAAAUCAAGCCAGGGGUGACAGCAUUCAGUGCAACAGAUCUUAGCCUGAUUGUCUGUAUUCGACACAAUGGUGGCAUGCAGCAAUAAAUAACAAAAUAAAUAAACAAACGGCUUUAA